AUGAGAUCAAAGCAUUCAGGUGGCUAUGUCGGCUUGUUCAUUGCUGCUUUUUGUUGCCUGCAAUUGGCCACAGUUGGCCCUUGGAGCUCCCCACCCAAAAGAUGUUUCGCUGCAACGGAUUCGGAAAUUGUCAAGUUGCAGCAGCGCCGGGAUCAGUUGAAAUGUUGCUUGAAAAGCAUGAAAUUUCCGCCGCCAAAAACAUUCACCGUUGAUGGCCAGAUCUAUCCCCUUCCACUUAAAACUAUUGGGCCACCUCCUGGUGAGCCCUCGCGGGAAGAGCUGGAGUACUUGGCAGGUUUCUUUGAUGGAGAUGGCUGUGUGACGAUGGCAGGUAGAUCGGUUGUGCUUUCAGUCAGCCAAAGCAUAGACUCUGCGAGAGUUCUCCUUCGUUUUCGUGAGGCAUUUGGUGGGGGCGUUCGCCUUUCAGAGAACCGGCACGGCUGUUGUCGAGCUGUUUUGGAGUGGUAUAUUUGUGGUAAUGCUUCAAGGCGAGCAGCCAGUUUGAUGGCCACGGUUGCCUGCUUGAAGCAGGCUGAGCUCAAGAUUGCGUCAAGUAGAGUUUCAGGUUUGCAGCUGGGCACUGUUCGAGCCAAGCUGAAGACUUUAAAGAAACCAACUCAUAUUCCAAUGCAGUUUUGUGGCUCUUGGCAAUAUUUUAGUGGAUUUUUUGAUGCGGAAGGCUGCAUUGUUAUAACGCAACUCUUUGCGCUGAGACUAAUCGUCAGGCAAAACAACCGCUACAUUCUGGAGUACCUGUUGAAAUUCUUGCACCAGAGUCAUUUGGAUCGCUGGAAAUUACACGGAGACAACUCCAGUCCUUCAUGGGUCCUUGUGUGCGAACAUAGGGGGACUUGUUUGCUAACGCUGCGGCACUUGGUGGACCACGGGUUGAGCCUCAAGAAACCGCAGGCUGACUGUGUCCUUGAAACCAAACCCAGUUGCGACACCAACUUGGCCUUGAGGGAAGCUGUGUCCGGCUUGAGUGGGCAACAAAGUCGCUUCGAACGUCUCGACGGUCAAGGAGUCCUGAGAGCUCAAGCCAUCCAGAGACUUCAGAAAAGGCUGAGAAGAAGUUCAUGCCCAAAAGAGGCUGAACGUUUGAAAGAAAAGAUCAAGAAACUUCAGCAGAAACACGCCAAAGGUAAAUUGCUAUGUCAAAUUCGGACACUGAAAGCUGACAUUUGCCAAAAUUUGUCAGAAGGAGGCUAUUUUGUUUCAAGUUCGGAAGGAGAAUCGGUUCAACUCCUCCAAUCCUUGGAGGCCUUGGCAGAUGCAAAUCACUUGCGCUGUGGAUGUUUGCUCCUAGUCUUGCAGGGUCACGCGCAGAGUUUGCAAGAGCUGACCAAGGCGUUGGUGCGGAGAACUGCUUAUGAUAUGGCACUGGCUGAUGGUUUGAUGGUGUUGGGUUUCUUCGUGCCCCUGGCCUUGUGUGCCACUGCCCUGCUGGGAAGGGUCGUCUACGCACUCUCCGGCGAGAUCUGUGAGGCGGUCUCUGCUGCUGCAGUUGUGUUGGCGGCUCAGCCUAGGGCCCUGUCUCCACAAAAGAGGGUACUGAAGUGGUUCUUGUGCCCAAAGCUGUUGGAACUGCAAGGCUCAGCGUAUAGAGAAUCCCCGGGCUCAAAGAUAGCCCCGGCUGCGCGUUGCGCAGCCUUUUCGUCUUCCGAAUCCAUCAGGGCUGAGUUUGGCGUCCUGGUGGGUCACAUUGCAAUGCAGGAGGUAGUUCUGAGUCAACGGCCUCAACCUGAAAUCUACUCAUUGCCUGCGGCUUCCUCUGUGGUUUUGGGUGAGUAUGUCUCUGUGGACCCAGUUCUGAUCAGCGAGCGUGCCCGCCAAUCUGCCCAGUAUGCGCAGGCUGUUGGCCGGCAUGGGCUACUGCGACAGUUUCAGCAGAAGAAUGGCCGAAUGUCCAUCUUCUUCGACGAUGGCGGGGUGGGCAACAACGGACAAACUGGAUGGUGGAUUGCUGAGGAAGAAUCCUUCGGGGAGAGUUGUCUCCUUUGGUGUCCAGGUCCUCGUGGUCGCUUGCCGGAGACUGGCUGGCAAUGGCGUGGCUACAUGAGUUGGUACGAGGUGGAUCUUCACGUGCUGCAGAAAGAUGCCGCACAGGACUUGGAACCGCACAGCUUGAUCUUCGCAGGGAAUUUGUUGUUGGAUGUCCUGGGGCAGACCUUUGUUUGUUGCCUCAAGGGUGCCGAGCUCAUGCUGAAUGAAUUCACUGCUAAGAUGACACAGUCAGGCGCCUCGGAGCACAGCGAGGUGCAGCUGCCGCCGCCUUCGCCGCCGCCCUCGCCGGUGGAGCUGCCGGAGGAGCCGGUGCUCUUCGUGGAGUCGGUGUUUCCACCGCCGCGAGAGGAGGUGAUUGAGCCUGAGAUCCAAGCGAUGGAAGAGGCCUCCGAGGAGCUGCUGCUGGAAGUUCGCCGUGCCAAGGAGAACUUCAUGGAGAGUUUCAAGGCACAUCUCAAUGCUCGAUGCACUCCCGAGGAGGAAGCGCAAAAAGAAGCAGAGUUGGCCAAGCAACACUUCUCGGAAGCCUUUGCCAGCAAGGCCGCCUCGCAACAGGAGCUGCCGUUGCGCCGCCAGGUGGCGGAGGACGAGCUGCACAGCAACGAGUUGGCGCAGCUGUUGCUGGCACAGCACCGCAGCAAGGUGGAAAAAGAAUUGCAGCAUCAGAGGCAACACCACGAGGCGGCUAUGGACAACAUCCUCUUGCAGGUCCAAGAACUGCAGAGGGAGCUAAGGGAGUCCUUGGAUGCGCGGCAAGCCACCGAAAUGGAGAAGAUGGAACUCAUGGAGAAUCACCGGAGAGAAGUGGAGGAGAUGCGGAGGAUGAAUGUGGAGGGUGGACAGGACGACGGCAUGCAGAGGAGGAACGCUGACCUCGAAGCGGAGAACGCGGAAUGCAAAGCCAAGUUGUCGGAAGCUGCCACGGCCCUGUGGAGCCAUGAGGCGGCCCUACAAGAAGCGUUGCAGGAGGCUUCGACUCUCCGCUCCGAGUUGCUGAACACCUCAGCGGCUGAGGAGGAAAUCACUUUGCUCCGUGAGGAGUUGGCGCAGCUCCGCAAUGAAGGCUCGGCAGGAGCCAGCAAUACCGAAGCGGAGCAGCAAAUGCAGGAAUUGGCGGACGACUACCAGCGCGCUCUGGCGGAUAUCAGCUCCUUGCGUGCCAUCUACGAUACAGAAAUCGAGGGGCUCACCGAGGAGUUGUCGCAAUGCAAAGCGGCGCAUGGCGAGGAGUUGGCGUCUCUGCAGGAACAGUUGCAGAGCGCCAAGGCUCAACAGGAAGCCGCUAAGAAGUCGCAAUCUCUGCAGGACGUCCUGUCCAAACGCGUUGUGCAGCUGGAAGCCAAGCUGCACCAGCAGGACAUGGAGAAAGAUGCCAUGAAGGAGGAGCUCGAGAAGUUGCGUCCCAUGGCCGCGGCCACGGCGGAGGUAGAACAGCGAGCCACCUCUGCAGAGGAGGUCCUGGCCACCACGGCUGCGAACUUCCAAGCGGCGGAGGCACGACAGCUUCAAGCUGAGGAGAUGGUGCGGCAGCUGAAGCAAAGGUGUCAGAGCCUGGAAGCUCAACUCUCCAAGAGGCCGGAGCAUUCAAUGUCUUUGAGAUCCGACCCGGCGCUGAUGAGCAGAGGAACGAAGCCGAUGACGAGGCCUGACCUCCCCAUCAAAUCUACGGGAAGCAUGCCGCCGAGCAAAGUACCUGUAACGAGGGUGGAGGGCCCGCUGGUGGGAUUCUCCUCUGCGCUAUCUCCCACUGCGCCCAACACGCCGCUGCUCGAGACACGAAAGGUGCUCGUGCAGCGGCCCAACGAGUGAAAUACGACCCAGCACAGCUGGGAAGAUCUUUGUACAUGUCAUAGGCUGCGGCUUCGCAGCUGAAGGAUCCAAAGAAAAGGC